UGCACUUUUGGAGGAGCCCAAGACUAAAGAAUUUCAUUGCCUGCUCUGUAAUUGUUGUGCAUACGACAAUAAAACCAUCUUGAAUCUUGAAUCUCUUGGAGUUGUGCAGGGAUCUGCAGCUUUCAGCUGAGGGAUUACAACUUGUAGUAGACUGAGGGACAGGGAGACGGAGAGACAUCGAGAGACACAGACAGAGAGUGACACAGGCAGAGAGAGAGAGAGAGAGACAUGGACAGGACUGGGAGCCCUGCGGGGACGUCGUCUGGCUUCUCCCUGGAGUGUGACCCCCGGACAAGUGAGAAGAGGGCGCUGGACAAUGAGAAAGCCAGGAGGAGCCAGGGUGUGAACGGGACCCCAGCACCCAUGGACACCAACUACCGUGAGGAGAUAGAGCCGCCGAAGCCCAAGAUCAGGAUCAACACCGAAAAAAUUGGAGAACUCCUGCGGGUCGAGGACCGAGGCCUGAAGAAGUUCAGCCCGGAGCAGCUGUUUGAGGCGGCUGCCAGCGGGGACAUCAUGAUGCUGGAGGGUCUGCAUGAGUACCUCCACGACAGCCACGGGAAACUCAGCGACUCUUUAUACGCGUCCAACGGAAAGAACGUGCUGAUGAAGGCGCUGUUGAACCUGCACGACGGGAAGAACAAGGUGGUGGAGUAUCUCCUGGAGAUCUCAUCCCGGAUGGGAGACGUGGAGGUCUUCGUGAACGCGGCCUACAAAGAUGUCUACUACGAAGGCCAUACUUCUCUGCAUAUCGCCAUUGAGAGGAGGAGCAUGGAAUACGUCACGCUGCUGGUCAGUAAAGGUGCAGACGUUCACGCCAGGGCCUUCGGCAAAUUCUUCCAGCAGCAAAAGGGCCCAAGCUUCUACUUUGGGGAGCUGCCUCUGUCCCUGGCCGCGUGCACCAACCAGCCGGCGGUGGUGGACUACCUGAUGGAGAACGAGCACCACCCGGCGGACGUGCGGCUGCCGGACUCCCGGGGGAACACGGCGCUGCACGCCCUGGUGCUGGUGGCCGACAACAGCCCGGAGAACAGCCGCUUCGUCACGGCCAUGUACGACCACAUCCUCGCCGCCACCGCGCACCUCCACCCCAAGUGGAGGCUGGAGGUGGUGGGGAACCAGCAGGGCCUGACGCCCAUCCAGCUGGCCGCCAAGACGGGCAAGAUCGACCUUUUCAGGCACAUUCUGCAUCGGGAGUUUCAGAGCGGUCCCACCAAACAUCUGUCCCGCAAGUUCACCGAGUGGGUGUACGGGCCGGUCAGCUCCUCGCUCUACGACCUGGCCUACCUGGACUCCUGCCAGGAAGAGUCGGUGCUGGAGACCCUGGUCUACGGCAGUGACAUUCCAAACCGCCACGAGAUGCUGACCAUCGAGCCGCUGAGCCAGCUUCUGGACGAGAAGUGGGACCGGUUCGCUCGCUACAUCUUCGCCUUCUACUUCCUGUCCUACCUGGUCUACCUCUUCAUCUUCACCCUCCUCGCCUACAACAAGAAGGGGGGAGAGCCCCCAUAUCGCAUCAAGAACACCAGAGAAGACUACCUGUUCUUGUCAGGCCAGGUGAUUACGGGACUGUCAUCUCUCUACUUCCUCAUCAGAGGGAUCUUCGAUAUGUGGAGGAAGAGGCCCAGGCUUCACACGUUGCUGAUCGAUGGAUACUUUGAGCUUCUGUUUCUCCUGCAGGCCGUGUGCUUCCUGCUCUCGGCUUGGCUGUACCUGUCCGGCCGGCAGGAGUACCUGGGCUUCCUGGUGGGCUGCCUGGCCAUGAGCUGGGUCAACCUGCUCUACUACUUCAGGGGGAACAAACACCUGGGCAUCUACAGCGUCAUGAUUCAGAAGAUGAUCCUGGGAGACAUCAUGCGCUUCCUCUUCGUCUACCUCGUCUUCCUCGUGGGGUUCUCAGCAGGUGAGCAAGUUCAAAUCAACGGGUGCGUUCGUCUAGCACACAGUGGGAGGUGCUAUUUACAUUUACUCACUUGUCACGACCCCACCGGUAUAUUCAAAGCGGCUCUCUGUCUAGGCAGGAGUCGAGAUACAUAAGUGGUAACAAACCCCAGCUGGCA